CAGGUUAGAUUCAACAGAGAAAGUAUUUGUGACAGCAUGAAAGUGACUUUUGCAGUUUUAAUCGCUUCGUGCGCCAUUUGGAGCAUCCAAGCUCAUGGCGCCAAUGAAAAAAAUCAAACUCGCAAGCAGCACCGUCCUAGUCAUUCGCAGACGGCUCUUGAAUCUACUGGUCCACUGAUCAAUGUACUUCUAUACAGGCCAGAUCAAGGAGCGGAGAAAAAGCUCAAACCCCCUGGACCUAUAGAGAGGCCUUUCGAUGAGUUGGUAUUAAUUGAUGAUCUGAUGCCGAAUAGUUGGGAAGAUGACAACUUGAUUGCGGAUUACGAGGUAUAUGAUAUAGGUCACAAAAUGGACCCGAAGGACUGGAAAGCGGCAGAUGAUGCAAUAAUUAAAUAUUAUUGCACCCAUUCAACAAACGGAAAAUGUAAUAUUAUUUUGUAAUCUGUGGGAAACGGCAAAGUCUUGUGAGGGAUAACGAAAUAUGCGUCUAUGCGUCGGCCAAUCGUAAACUAAAGAUACCGUACAAUUUUUGGAACAAAAUUUCCGUUACCAGUAAGAUGUUUUUAAAAGUUCCUCCACGAAGACAGCGACAUUUAGAAAGAUUAAAUUGUUGCACAAUAAUUUCAGAAAAUAAACCAGAAUUUGUGUAUAUAAUUGAUUAAUGAAUAAUUGAAAAUAAAGAGAUCUGCUCUUGAUAUUUA